CAUUUCUCUCUCCUCAUUUCUCUCUCUUUCCCUUUUCAUCUAUUACAAUAUUAUUUUUUCUUGGUGUCUUUUUCCUCUUAGCAAGUUUUAUCCUUUUUAUGGGUAUUAGUUUUAUUUCAGAUUCUUUUUGACCAUUUUUUCCUCAUCCUAUACACUUUUCCAUAAUCACCCCACUUCUUGUAUUUUAAUAAAGAUUGAUUCUUUUUAGGUUUCUUUAAUUUUUUUUACCUUCCUUUUUGGAAUUUUCUUGUUCUAUUCUCUUCCUGUCAUAUCAAAUAUAACAUCUUGAGUACUGAAUUAACGAGAAGUGGUAAUAGGCCUUUUAUUUUCUGGUGUAAUUUCUUGUCAAGAACUUGUUUUGGUUCAUGUCAAGAACUUGUUUAGUGAAUAAUUAGAUUAGCAGAAUGGGAUUUGAGGAUAAUAAAGAGGAAUUAGCACCUGUUAACGAGGCUAAUAAGAAAGGAGGAAUUGCUGAUUCUGAUUCUGAGAUAGAGCAUGAGGUUAAUGAGAAUAGAGUUAGCAGACAAAUGAGCGAGAGUUCAAUGUAUACUACUGAUCAGGAGGAUGAUGAAGAUGAAACUACUAACAAGAUUGAGUUGGGUCCUCAAUGCACUCUCAAAGAACAAUUUGAGAAAGAUAAGGAUGAUGAGAGUUUGAGAAGAUGGAAAGAGCAGCUUCUUGGAAGUGUGGAUAUUAAUGCUGUUGGAGAGUCACUGGAUCCAGAAGUGAAGAUCUUGAGCCUCGAAAUUAAGUCCCCGGGUAGACCUGAUAUUGUUCUGCCAAUUCCAGAGGAUGGAAAACCCAAAAGUCCAUGGUUUGUCCUGAAAGAAGGGAGCAAAUACAGCCUGAACUUCAAAUUCCAGGUCAGCAAUAAUAUAGUAACAGGUCUCAAAUACACGAACACAGUUUGGAAAACUGGUAUCAAAGUGGACAGCAUGAAAGAAAUGAUUGGGGCGUUUAGUCCUCAAUCCGAGCCGUAUACACACGAGAUGCCAGAAGAGACUACCCCUUCUGGCAUUUUUGCGAGAGGAUCUUACUCGGCAAGGACAAAGUUCCUUGAUGAUGAUAACAAGUGCUAUUUGGAGAUCAACUACACAUUUGAUAUUAAGAAAGAAUGGCAGGCAACAUGAAGAAAAAUUAUUGUUGCUCGAGUCGUUGCCCCAGAUCGUCUUGUUUUCGUUCUUCAUUUUUGUCAGUUCUCUCUAGUAGUUUUUCAAAAGAGGAAAAAGAAGGAAAAAAUUGAUGAUAUCCUGCUUUAGUUGACUGUUGAAAUAUGAAGGGGGAGGGAGUGGAAGGUAAUAUUAGCAGUUAGGUUUUUGUUUGAUGAGUGUGAUUUAAUAAAGCUGAGCUUUGUCUAUGCUAGAUUAACCAAGAAUUUUCUCAUUUUAUAUGUGCUUAGGUGUGUGAUUGGUUCCUUUUGAAUGUCAAGAAACCAAGAAGAGAUUUCAAGAAAUAGAAAAGUUUCAUUCAUAAUGA